AUGGGUGAUACUGGAUACUCUGGAUCCACCAUCGACUAUACCGCCCAGCAAUUCCGUCUACUACGUCUUCUACCCGGCGACUGGACUGAUCCAAUCACGUGUGAGGCUGAAACCGCAUCUUUCACGGAGAAUCCAACAUACUACACGUUGUCGUACGUUUGGGGCGACGUCAAGGACACUAUUUCAAUUACCUUGAAUGGGUCUCAAUGUCUCGUUACUCGGAAUCUCUGGUACGCGCUGCGGCGGAUAAGAGCACAUGGAAUCGUCGAAGAAUCGCGGAUCUGGAUAGAUGCCAUUUGCAUUGACCAGUCAAACUCGAGCGAGAAGACGCACCAAGUUGGAAUGAUGGCGCAGAUAUACAAGAACUGUAAGGAGGUACUGAUUUGGUUGGGCGAGUUUGAAGAACGGAAGGGAAGACGUGAGAGCGCUCACAUAGCAACGGUGAACAAAAGCAAAUGCUUUGAAUUUAAGGCGGACAAACAAAUAUCAGACAGCCCAUAUCUCCGUCGUUUCCGAGAGGCGAUGCGUUUCGUUGAACGGAAUCCGUGGUUCACUCGUGUCUGGGUCAUUCAAGAAUACACUCUGCCCAAGGCCACGUCGGUACUCUUUGCAACCAUCAGGAUGCCUUUCGAGGCCUUUGUCGCCGCACGAGAAAAUAGCGGAGCGCAUGAGUCAGCAGGCUGUUGCCAGGCUUGGGAAAACGAUUUAUCGCUUCUCCGCCUCUCCAUCUAUGCAUUUGACAUCCUCGCGGAUUUGAAGAAACGAUUGCGCGAACGGAAAUGGAGCUUACUGGACUUGUGCGACUACUACUCUGACAGAUCCGCCACGAAUGGCGUGGACCGAGUGUACGCAAUGCUCGGCCUGGCGAGCGACUGGCUUGGAGGCGAGCCAAUGCUGCCAGACUACAGUCUACCGGUCUCUACAGUGUACACACAGGUCUGCGCAGACUUCAUCAAUGCCAAAAAACGCUUAUAUUACCUAUCUUACAUCUCUGGGCGAAGAAGAGACGUCGAGUCUGAUCUCCCAUCCUGGGCCAUCGACUGGGAGGACCCGAUACACAAAGAAAACUACCACCAUUUACGGGUGGAUCUAGUCAAGCGCUACGAGACAGCGUGGUCCUACGAUGCCGCCAUACUCGCAGACGGGAACCUUCUCCGAGCCACGGGCAGAGCGUUCGACGCGGUGUCGACCGUCUGCGGCAUCAUGGACGUUACUGCAGACGAAGACUGCUACAUGCAGACCCUUGCUGAAUGGCUCACAACCGUUGGCUUGGGCAUGGGCUCUCGUGGUUCCGAAAUGUUGUAUCCCAACGGCACUGCCUUGCCCGCAGCCUGGUGGCGCGGUGUCUGCGGCGAUGCCAUCCUCGACGGCACCGACUCUCGGCGACUUGCACGCCACGAGAGUCAAGCUCUCUCGACGCUCUCAACCACUCAUGUCUGGGAAACGACCUUCAAAGCACUGAAGAAGACGGGCCCCCAAGAUCCCACUAUCCUCUGGGAGUCGUCGAACGGAAAGCAAGUCCGUGUCCGCGAUAUUUGGUCCACGAUAGUUGCAAAUAUUCAACAGCGCCGGCUUUUCAAGACCCAGAUGGGAUUUAUAGGGUUUGGGCCGGGAGAUACCACCGUUGGGGAUCCGGUCUGGGUCCUUUCUGGAGGGUAUACGCCUUUCGUACUUCGAGCGAUAAAACAGAAGGAGGGGCCCAGCUGCUACGAGCUGGUCGGGUCUUGCUAUGUGCAUGGAAUCAUGGAUGGGGAGGCUGACGCUCCCACAGAGACGGUGUACAUCAGAUGA